AACCCGCCACGGGGACCCACCACCGCAGGAUCAUCGACCCAAGAAUCCAAGAACUCCCCCGCGCUCGCGCAGCGCGCGCGCCGCGGCCAUGGCGAUCGAGGCGCCCCGCCUCCCCGACCUGCUGCUCACCCCGCUGCGGUCGCACCACCACCUCGCCGAGCUCCGCGUCGAGCCCGCCCACUCGGCGGUCGCCUUCUCCGCGCCCUGCGCCGGCGCCGGCAGGAAGCGCCGGUGCCUCCUCCCGCCUUCGUCCCCGCGCAAGAAGGUGCUGCUCGAGCUCCACCCCUUCGACCCCCUCGUGUCGCCUGGCCCCUCCUCGCCCACGCACUCGGCGCCUCCCCUGCGGGGAUCUCCCGCCACCGCGCCGCCGUUGCUUUCCUCGCGCGCGGGGUCGGCGUCCUCGUACUCCCCCGCCAGCGACUUCUCCUUCCCGUUGGCGGCGGCUGGCGGGAGCGGCUCCCGCGGGGGGGACAUGUUCGCGUUCUUGGAGGACGCGGCUGCGGCGGCGGCGACGCCCACGGGCUCCAGCGCCAGAGCCUUGUCGUUCUUGGCGUCUCCCGGGCGGCCGGAAGCGCCCAUGGGUUCCACCGCGGCCGGCGGCGGCGGCGGCUUCUCGUCCCUGGCUUUGCCGAAGCGGUUUCCGGUGACUGCAGGACCCACGGCGAACGGCGGUUUCGUGUUCUUCGGUUUACCGGAUCAACCGCUGACGCCGACGGGCUCCAAUGCAAGCGGAGGCGGCGCUUCCUUGUCUUAUGAGCUAUCCUUGUCGCCGGAGGAGUUCAGAGGCAGCAACGCCGUCCCGCCCUUGCCUUCCCCGACGCCAGUGAGCUCGGGAUCCACGGGCAGCGCCGGCUUCUCCUUCUUCCCUUCUCCCCGGCCGGCCUUUGGGAACGCAGGCUCUCCGAGCCCCGCGGCGGCGACGCCCACUGGCGGUGCCGCCCCCUCGCCGCCUUUCGUCUUCACGGCCUGGCCAGCGCACAGGUCCGGCGGCGGCAGAAACAGGAGGUCGCGGCAAAACCUCCGCGUCGCGACCCCGCGGCGAGGGAGCACACGGCCGCGGGACGAGCAGCAGCCGGUCACCCCGCCGCCGCAGAAGGUUGCCAAGACGGCCGCCGGCGAGGCCUCCUUCUCCUCCAUCCUGUCCGGGUCGGCGGGCAGGCCGUGCUGCACGUUCAUCACUUUGCCGACCAAGGCGGCGGCCAAGCAGGAAUCCAAUAAUUCCUCUGGUGAGGCAUCCCGCUCGCCGGUGAGGCCUUCCUCCUCGGUGGAGAAGACGAUCGCGCCGGAGCGAGAGGUUGAGGUGUCCAGCGCGGAGAGGGAGGCACCCAGGGCGAGCUCGCCGGCAGCAGCCUGCACCGGCGCGGCUGUGGUGGUGCGCGUCACCUGCAAGUGCGGUGUCCACAAGGAGUUCAGCUUCGACCAUUCCCACUGAUCAGUUGGUCUCAUCAACGGAUCAGAUCGCCUCCGUUUCUUCCUGAACUGUGGUUUUACUGGCAAUCUUAGCCAGAUAGUACAACUGCUCUGAUCCUGGAAGAGCUGUAGAAUAGUAGGAUUCUGAUCUCUGUAACUUUGUUCUAUCUUCUUGUGUUCUGAACUGCAAGAACUUUGGUGUGCCUGAGCUGUGAAUUGUAAGUACUCGACAGAUGGUUUAUAUUUGAAUUGUGGAUAUUAAGCAGCAAACCUUUGUGUCAUGGAAAGUGUUACUUUGGUCA